AUGGCUGAUGAGGCGGGCGCUGUCUACGUGGUAGUAGAGGUGCUCAUCGCUGUGGCGUGCUGCCUGGGUAACGCACUGGUCAUUUGGGCGGUGUGGGCCAACAGCUCCCUACACCAGCCUACCUUCUGCUUUAUAGCAUCGCUGGCAAUCGCCGACUUCCUGGUAGGCGCGGUGGCCAUCCCAGUGGCUGUGUUGGUGGAUGGACGGGUACAGAUGUCCUUCCACGGCUGCCUCUUCAUCAGCUGCGUCGAGGUGUUGGUUGUCCAGAGCUCCGUCGUCUUCCUUCUAGCCAUUGCUGUGGAUCGCCACCUCCGUGUCCACAUCCCCCUCAGGUACAAAGGGACGAUCACACAGAAGCGCACCUGGGUGGCCGUGGGAGCAUGCUGGCUGGUUUCCUGUGUGUUGGGGCUAACCCCCAUGUUCGGGUGGUAUAACCACGACACCCUGGCCUCGCUGGGCAACUCCACCACCAUUGUGUGUCAAUUCAUAGCUGUGAUCCCCAUGUCAUACUUGGUCUACUUCAAUUUCUUUGGGUGCAUCUUGCUCCCCCUGCUGGUCAUGGUGGCUCUGUACGCCCAUCUCUUCCACACCAUCAGGAUGCGCCUUAUGGAGAGCAGGGCUCGGAAUGCUGAAUCGCAGGCCUACUAUGCCAAGGAGAAGAACCUGGCCAAGUCCCUCGCACUGGUCCUGCUUCUCUUUGCUGCCUGCUGGUUGCCGCUGUGCCUCAUGAACUGCAUGGCGUUCUUCGGCAACCCGGUCAACAUCCCCCAUGCCGUCUUCUACGUUGGGAUCGUUCUGUCUCACGCCAACUCAGCAGUGAACCCCAUCGUGUACGCUUUUAAGGUCCCCAAAAUCAGCAAGGCGUACCUGCAGAUCUGGAGCAGGUGUCCUCCCCAUUUGGUCCCUCAGAACCACUUGGGCCCUGAGAGCAACACCUGCGGGGACGCCACCAGUGCUGUCCAAAAUGACAACGAAGUGAAGACAAUGAAACAGGCAUUUUCAACAGUCUGGAUAAAUUUCAGAGCGAGCCACACCUGGAACAGUGAUCCACAUCUUAACCCCCACUCACAAACCAGCAUGCAGAGUUAG